GUCCGAUCACCGCACACUUCCCCUUGCUCCAAGGCUUCCACCAUCUUCUUGUCCUCGAGCACAUACCAUCUCACGACAAACCACGCUCAUUCAACCACUCUACUCAUAUUGAUGCUUAAUCUCUUACUCUCGACUCUCGCACUGACGAGAGCCGCCGCCGCCGCCGGCUACCAAUGGCCUUCACCGCAAUACGAUGCUCUGGAGGAUUUUCUGUACGAGGGAGGACGCCCGGAUGGGUCGAGUCUCGGCGCACUUGUGUCUCCCUGCAGGCUAAGGGGAGCCACGAACACCACUGUAGCAGCGGAGUGGGUCCGUCUGGUCUACCACGACGCUGCGACACAUCAGAUUGCUGACGGGUCCGGCGGCCUCGAUGGUUCCAUCUUUUUCGAAACCGACCGGACAGAGAACAACGGCGCGGGCAUGAACAACACCUUGAACGAUUUUUCUGUUUAUCCGAGCAAAUACGUCAGCCGCGCGGAUGUAAUCGUGCUCGGAACUGUCAUGGCGGUCGCCACCUGCGGCGGACCGGCUAUUCCGAUACAGGGUGGGCGGAUCGACGCGAACGUUGCUGGGCCGUACGGUGUCCCGAACAUCACCGACUCGCUCGACUCGCUGAAGGGCACAUUCGCGCACCAGGGCUUCAAUGUGUCUGAGAUGAUCCAGCUCGUCGCGUGUGGACACACCUUGGGCGGUGUGCGGUAUCCCGACUUCCCGAACGUUGUGCCGGGCUCUGGCACGCAGACUGUCGUGCAGCUGUUCGAUGACACGCAGCGGUUCGAUCAUAGCAUCAUCUCUCAAUAUCUCGACGGCUCGACUCGGGACCCGCUGAUUGUUGCAAAUGCGUCUGCUGCGUCUGACCUCCUCGUUUUCUCUGCCGACAACAACGUCACGAUGCAAAGGUAGAGUUCCGUCAUCUAUCGAUGUACAUGUGCCGACUCUCUGCAAAUAGCAUGAACAGCGAGCAAGCGUUCUCGUCGACCUGUUCAACCAUCUUCCAAAAGAUGUUCCGGACCGUCCCCUCGACAGUCAAUCUCACUGACAACAUCGAUCUCGUGCCGGUCAAAGUGACUGGCGUGCAACUCACGAUCGGGAGCCCCGAGCUCCAGUUCCAGGCCAACGUGCGGCUGCAGCUUUCGAGCAACCAUACGACGGUGACGAUGUACUGGUGCGACCGCUACGGAUCGGGCGCGAACUGUGCCUCCAAGUUGAAGCGGUUCACUGCGCCCAGCACGUCUGCGCCGGUGUCUUCGCCUUUCUCGACCACGAUGAACCUCACUCUGCAGAAGUAUCAGUUUGUCGUGCCCCUGGCUGCGAACCAGAGCAUCUCCAAGUUCUGGUUCGAGAUCGACUACGGCAACGGAACGACCACGGUGGCCAACAAUAACGGCGCGUUCUACAACAUCGACCAAGACGCCGUCCUCUUCGUCCCCAGCCAGAGCCGUCCGAAGGCUGUGCUGUCCGGCUCCAAUGGUGUAUUUAUCGCUGCUGCGGUGAAGAGCACGAGCACGCCCUCCCGCGUGUAUGUCGACUGGAUCGGGCGCGCCACCAAAAACUUCAUCGCCGUCAACGGGACGACCGAUCUCAAGCUCAACUCGAGCAUCCCCUCCGUCGCCGGGUACAACUUCUACACCGCCGAGAUCACGGAAGAGUACGGGGCGAGCAUGCAGUUCGACGUCAUCAGCGUGCAGCAGAACGGGACGUCCCUCGCGGACACGUACAAGUGGGAUACGCUGAUCGGCCUGAACACCCCCGCCGAGACACUGGUCAACUCGACAACGUCGAGUGCGGCAGGCGGGGCGAGCGGCGCGAUCGCUGUCGCUGCUGCGGGGCCAUGGACCUGGAGCGUUGCGGCAGCAGCUUUGGCUGUUCUGUCCGCUGCUCUAUGAUAGAAUGGUUUCCAUCUUAUCUACAUCAUGUACAUCCACGGACUUGCAUCACUCACACUGGCAUUACCUCAAUACCUCUUGCAUUCAUCUUUCUGUCAGGUGACCGCGUUUUCCGAGCCCGAAGGUAGCCCGCGACCUCGUCCACUGGCUAAUUCGUAGAGGAACGUUUGUGGAUAGAUGUCCUGUUCUUCGCCCCCUUUCUCUCUCUCGUUGAAUCGAGUUAUCGCCGCCCAGCAUUUCGUUGGGACUGGGUCACUCUAUAUCUACAUUCUGGACAAUGUGAGCGUGUCCAUCUGUAUCUUUCGUGACAAGCUUCAAACCUACCGGAGUUCCGAGAAAAAUAGUAUCCUAUCAAGUAUCAGGCGGCCAUAGCACUGACCUCUUUGGCCGGCUUGAAUCUGGCCAACCCUGAGUGUCACAUUGCGCGGUGAGUGUGAUAAUUUGAGCAGGACGACGUCGUGCUAGUGAUACAUACAGAAUUGAUCGAAUUCAUUUUCAGCGCACCGCGGCUA